CUGCGCCAGUCAGUGUUGUCAUGGUCGCCCUCGCGCUCUGACCGGUAGGGCUGUACGGUGAAGGCAGACACCAGGGCCUAAGGGAAGGUCCACCGAAGGGCCCGGCCUGCGACGAUAGUCGAGUACACCCACCACCAAAAGUGCAGUCCCUGUAGUGGCUUAACUCAUCGCUCCUUCCCAACGCUUUUCUUCGGUGGACGACAUGGCAGCCGCGGCCGCCCGCUAGCCUCGCCGUCCAGGCUCGCCGCCCGCGCCCCGCGACCACCCCGACGAGCGCACCGGCACCACCACCACCAUGGCGGUCGGGGCCGUCAUCGAGGGCGUGAGGGACUCCGUCAAGGAGCCCGCCAAGGACUCGAAGCUGGCCUGCGAAUGGGAGCGGGAGAAGAACGAGGCCAACAAGGCGAAGAGCGGCGGCAUCGGCCCGAAGAAGGCCAAGGCCGAGAUCCGCCAGGGCGACUUCAGCAACUUCUGGGAGCUGUCGUUCCGGCAGAAGGCCGUGUUCGUGCGCGACAACAUCACCGUCGAGCCCAUGCUCGCCUGCUACAUCAUGCCGAGCGUGCUCGCCUCGCUCGCCACGCAGAACCUCAACCUGGAGAAGGCCUGCCGCGUCAACCUGGGCUACAGCGACGACGUUUGCACCGCCCUGGCCGCGCGUGAGACCGCCAACUACACGCACCAGGAGAGCGAGGUCCAGAAGCUGGUGGCGGGCAUGGCGGGGUGGAAGACGUUCGUGCAGAGCUCGGUGCCGGCCAUCCUGAUCCUGUUCCUGGGCGCCUGGACGGACCGCACCGGCCGCCGCAAGCCGUGCAUGCUCAUGCCCAUCCUGGGCGAGUUCCUCACCAGCAUCGGGCUCAUCGUCUGCACCUACUUCUUCCACGAGCUGCCCAUGGAGGCUGCCGGGCUGGUCGAGUCCGUGUUCCCGGCGCUGACCGGCGGCUGGUUCACCAUGUUCAUGGCCGUCUUCAGCUACAUCGCCGACGUGACGGAGGAGGACUCGCGCACCCUCCGGAUCGGCAUCGUCAACGUCUUCUGCUCGCUGGGCAUCCCCGUCGGCAUGGCGCUCUCCGGCGUGCUCUACAAGCGCAUCGGCUUCUACGGCGUCUUCUCGCUGUCGGCCGUCAUGUACCUCUUCAGCUUCUGGUACGGCUACGUCAUGAUCAAGGAGACGCCGCGGCCGCGCAAGGAGCUGGAGCUGGUGAAGAUGGAGAAGGAGGCGGCGGCCCCGGACGCGGCGGGGACGGCGACGACGCGCUGCUGCUCGGCGCCGCGCCGCCUCCUCGACUUCCUGCGCGACUUCUUCGACAUGCGCCACAUCCAGGAGACGUUCCGCGUCGCCUUCAAGAAGGGCGAGAACAUGCGCCGCAAGCGCGUCAUCCUGCUCAUGGUCGUCGUCAUGGUGGUCAUCGGGCCCAUGCACGGCGAGAUGACCGUCAUGUACCUGUUCACACGGCUGAGGUUCAACUGGAACGAGGUGGACUUCAGCCUGUUCUCGUCCUAUGGCAUGGUGACCAACCUCAUCGGAACCAUUAUUUCCGUGGGGCUGUUCAGCCACAUCCUCGGCGUGGACGACGCCCUCAUCGGCAUCAUGUCGUGCAUGUCCAAGAUCCUGAGCGGGUUCGUCUACGCCUUCGCCACCACCACGUUGGGCAUUUAUCUCGCGCCGUUGGUCGACAUGGUCAACGGCACGUCGUUCAUCUCCAUGAGGUCCAUCGCGUCCAAGCUGGUGCCGCCUGAUGAACUCGGCAAGAUCAACUCUCUGGUCGGCGUCUGCGAGGCGCUCAUGCCCCUGGUGUACGGGCCCAUGUACUCCGCCGUGUACCAGGCCACGCUCAACACGGUGCCGGGCGCCUUCUUCCUCCUGGGGGGCGCCCUCACCGCGCCCGCCGUCGUCAUCUUCGGGUGGAUGUACACGGUGCACCGCAAGGAGCGCCUGGCCGGGCGGGAGAAGGACGCGGCCGCCAAGGACGCCGAGGGCUGCGUCAACAUGGGCUUCGAGCAGGACGGCGGCGGCGGCAAGGAGCAGCAGCGCGUCACCACGGCCGACGUGUUCCUCAGGGCGUCCUGGAGGGAGAAGCGCAACUCGGGCAACAACAACUCGUCGUGCCUGGAGCACCUGUCGGAGCACCUCGCCCCGCUGCCCGCCUCGCUCGAGGUGCCCAAGCUGCCCAAGUAGAGAGGGUCGCGCGGACACGGUCGCGAGCACGCCGACGACGACGCGACGGUCUCGGUGCGACGCCGCCGCCCCGCCCCACCGGACGGCCGGGUCAUGCCGUCCGGGGUGGGACUGCUGCCUGCACUGCGCCGGCGGCGGCGAAAAUACGGGUACUUCCACCAGAUGGCGGCGGAGGCAGCAGUCGCCGCGCCUGUGGUCGCGCAGGGUAGCAAUCUCAGGGCGAAGGUGCAUCUUUCGAAUGUGAAUGUGAAUGAUCAUUGGCGGUCUCGUCGAGUUGUGACAUCACCAUUACCCCGGAAUGCACCACUGCGGCUGCAGCCCCCCCCCCCACCACCACCAACUGGAUUUGGCAUUGACACGUCAAUGAUUUGCGGCCGAGUGCCAAGGGAAGGGAUUGACACGAUAAAUAUUGCGGCUUCUCGUUUUUGAAUUGACAGAAUGCCGAAAUCAACGCUGUGAUAAUUUUGUGAGAGAAAAAAAAAGAAAAACGCUGGUGCCCGGCUUGCUGCUUUGAAGCUGUGGAACUUUAUCUUGUCGAGAGAAUCAGUCUCCUCAGUUUGAAAAAGAAUUAUUAAUUUGUUUUAGUAGGUGUUCCUCCGUCCAUGCGAUGUCCCACGAAAUGGGAGUAGGAUUUCUGGCCACUAUGAAAUUCGUGGCCAAAAAAUGAUGCGCAUUUUGUCUGAUGACUUCAGAGAAAUAUCUGAACAGCAUGUCUUAUCCUCUCGGCCAAAUUUCUACGAAAAUGGCUGGAGAUGGGUUCAGACCACCAAAUCAUGUUCACUGGGUAACGAUCUUUUCAAUUCAUAGGCCAAGCGUGCAGUUGAAAGCUUUGCGUGCAUUGAACAUAAUGUGAUAGUAGGUUAGAAUGUGUAAUGUAACUGGGUGAAACGCUACGCUCUAUACGAUGUAUGGUUAUCGCUUGUCGCGUAUUUUCUUUUUGUGAUCUUGCCGUAUUAUAGUUAUCCUACCAUCAGUAAUAUUGAAAUCCAUUCGUCCCAAACCUCCUCUUUUCGGACGAUGGCUAAAUAUUCUUGUUGUACAUAGAGUGCAUUUUAAAUUUGUGGCUUAAAACAAGGACAUAAUGUUAAAAUUUUGUACAUUUUGUAUAUUUUGUAUAUCUUGACACUUUCAGUGAUAAGACAUUGUAAUGUUUGGGGGGUCAUUCCCUCUACGUUGUAUAUAGCGAAUAAAUCGACAAAGCUAUGGCGCCUAAUA